UCCACACGACACUCAAGUAAACAAAACCUCUUUGUACUUGAUAUUUUCAAGUUUAUUCAGAUUCAGUGUUUACCCCCGGGCUAGACACAAAGCAUAUCCUAUGAUGAAAUCAAGUGGAUGAAUGGACAUCUAUAAAUAAUCAAAAAUCACAAAAAGGAGUAAACCCCAAUAAAUACACAAGAGACAAUUUAAAAAAUAUACUGCGCAUUAGACAUAUUUUUACAUAUUUUGUGCACAACACAAAGCGCAUUUCAAGAAAACGCGUAGUAAAAUAUAUUUUAAGCAAUUCCUUCAAUUGUGAUAUGUUACUGGAACGCAGAAAUGAUAAGACUAGGACAUACCGCUGGCCUUGAACAUUAUAAUCUCGUUAACACAAACUGUUAGUACAAAAAGGAUUCGUUUUUUUUUUGGUUAUAAAGUGUUAACAAGACAUGCGACUAUAAGGCACCGUAAGAAGGAUUAACUGUGACCAGGGAAAGGAAAACCACAUCCAUAUAGAGACGGAGGACGACGACAAAGGAAGGAAGGAACUAUUAUAGACAGCGGACAGAUCCGAUAACAAUGAGCACCAAUAGUAGCAGUUUCUUUGAGGAACAUUUCGCCAUGCUUUACUCCAAUCUGAUGAAUCAAUAUGUGCCCGAAUAUUUUCAUAGUUUUCAAUAUACACCAUGGAUAUUCUCACUACUGGGAUCGGUGGUAAUUGGUCUCAGUGGAAUUUUCCCACUGUUCAUUAUACCCACAAGUGAGAAAAUGGAGAAGGAGGGCUAUAAAGAUCCUGCCGAAUCCAAAUUUCUGCGAGUGCUAUUAAGCUUUGCUGUUGGCGGACUUUUGGGUGAUGUUUUUCUUCAUUUGCUGCCCGAAGCCUGGGAAGGUGAUAACCAAGAUCCAUCCAGCCAUCCGUCAUUGCGUUCCGGUUUGUGGGUAUUAUCUGGCAUACUCAUUUUCACUAUAGUUGAAAAAAUCUUCUCGGGAUACACAAGUGCCGACGAAGAGAAUCCUCAACCCAAAUGUGUUGAAAUUGCAAAUUGUUUGCUGCGUCGCCAUGGCGGUCAAUUGCCAGAGGGACAGACGGCAGAGAAUUGCGGUGCGUGCGAUAUUGAAGAUGUGGACAAAGUCUGCUUUCUCCGCGAACGUGAGCAAAAGGCUCAGGAACAGAAGGAGAAGCCUAAAAAAGUGGCCGGCUAUCUAAAUCUGUUGGCAAAUUCUAUUGAUAAUUUCACACAUGGUUUAGCUGUAGCCGGUUCGUUUUUGGUUUCCUUUAGACAUGGAGUCUUGGCCACAUUUGCCAUAUUGCUGCAUGAAAUUCCCCAUGAGGUAGGCGAUUUUGCCAUUCUUUUGCGUUCCGGUUUCAGUAGAUGGGAUGCGGCUCGUGCUCAGCUACUAACAGCCGGGGCUGGACUUUUGGGUGCUCUGGUGGCCAUUGGCGGCUCUGGUGUGACCUCAGCUAUGGAGGCUCGCACAUCCUGGAUUAUGCCAUUUACCGCAGGCGGUUUUCUGCAUAUUGCUCUGGUCACAGUAUUACCUGAUCUCCUGAAGGAAGAGGAACGCAAGGAGUCUGUUAAACAGCUUCUAGCCCUGGUCUUUGGCAUCGCGUUAAUGGCUGUCAUGACAAUGCUCUUCGAACAUUAGACAGCUGCAAUAGGAAGCGAAAAUUGGCAUUAUUGCUUUUGUAACUAAAAAAUAUUGUUAUUGGCAGGACAAAUUACGAGGAAAUUUGUUGAAUGUACUUUACAGCGUUAUGUUAUGCGUUAUGUAGGUAAUUAUAGCCAUAUCUAAUACGAAUGAUAUUCAAACUAUUGUUAUUAACUACGUAUUAUGUUCCAUAGAAGUAUGUGUAAAAAAUAAAUAUACAAAGAUACAUUUUUCUAAGCUCAA